CCCUCCUCGGAGAAUGUGCAUUUGCUGGGACACGGAGGAUCUUUCGUGGUUAUGCAGCUGGCGAAAGGCGUCAUGGCCAAUUUUCGUAUCGCGCUCAUCCAGCUCCACGUGUCUGCUGCCAAGACUGAGAACCUGAACCGAGCCUGUGGUCUUGUGAGGUCUGCAGCGCAACAAGGAGCAAAACUUGUGGUUCUGCCAGAAUGCUUCAAUUCUCCCUAUGGCACAAAAUAUUUUCGAGACUAUGCGGAGAAAAUUCCUGGCGAGUCUACACAGAAGCUCUCGGAAAUUGCAAAGGAGUGUGGCGUUUAUCUGAUUGGAGGAUCUAUUCCAGAAGAGGAUGCUGGGAAGCUGUAUAACACAUGCACUGGCUUUGGUCCAGAUGGUGCUAUGAUAACCAAGUACCGAAAGAUUCAUUUGUUUGACAUUAAUGUCCCUGGGAAAAUCCGGUUUCAGGAAUCAGAAACGCUGAGUCCCGGUGCCACAUUAUCUGUGAUUGAUACACCUUAUUGCAAGAUAGGCCUUGGGAUCUGUUACGACCUCCGCUUUGCUGAGCUUGCUCAAAUCUAUACACAGAAAGGUUGCCAGCUCUUGGUGUAUCCAGGGGCUUUUAACUUGACAACAGGGCCAGCCCACUGGGAACUGCUCCAAAGAGGACGAGCCGUCGAUAACCAAGUCUAUGUGGCAACAGCAUCUCCUGCCAGGGAUGAGAAGGCGUCUUACGUAGCCUGGGGACACAGCACUGUGGUAAAUCCGUGGGGGGAGGUAAUAGCCAAAGCUGGCACUGAGGAAACUAUUAUCUAUGCAGAUAUAGACCUAAAGAGGCUUGCAGAAGCUCGACAGCAAAUCCCCAUUCUUUCUCAGAAGCGGUCUGAUCUUUAUGCUGUAGAAUCGAAAUUUGCAUGACGUAUAGAGACUUGGACCAGUACAGAAAAGUCACCUUUCUUUUCCUAAAUCUUUAGUCAAAUGAUGUAGAAAAAAUGAAGUGUCUUUCGGAUAAAAAUCUAGGAAGGAUAAGAAACCCAAUUUUAUAAAUUAAAAAUUCUGUAUAAAAUCUAGUGGUAAGCUUUGAAUGAGGGGUUCAUUUGAGUUUUUUAUAUUAGGGUACUUGCUUAAGCCACUUCACAAUGCAUUUAAAUAUAUGUGUAUCAGCAUAGUACUGUCUCCACCCUCAUUGUUCAACCUGGACACCGAGGUCCAGCUCCGAGGGUCUUCUGCUGGUUCUCGCACUGCGAAAAGUGGUUACAGGAACCAGGCUUCUCAGUAGUGGCACCUACCCUGUGGAAUGCCCUCCCAGCAAAUGUCAAGGUGAUAAAGAAUUGCACAGCUUUUAGAAGACAUCUGAAGGCAGCCCUGUUCAGGGAAGUUUUUAAUGUUUGAUGUUGUAUCGUGUUUUUACUAUUCAGCUGGGAGCUGUCCAUCCAGAGUGGCUGGGGAAACCCAGUCAGAUGGGCGGGGUAUUAUUAUUAUGUUAUUAGCAGCAGCACUUGGGACAAUAUAUUUUGACCUUACAGUAUUUUGCAAAAGCUGUACCAUCAUUCAGUGAAAAGGCUCUGAGCUGUCCUUCAAUCUCUUCUCCAAUCCCCCCCCCCCCCGUUAGCUGAUUUCUGUUGUUUCAUAUCAAGGCAGGUUCAGCUCUAUCCCACUUCAGUCCAAGGGCAUUGCUCUCCCUAUUUUAUGUUAAAGGGGAAGUUACCUUGUUUAGGCUGCAUUGUCCAUCAGUUCAAAAAAGCUAACACUGCCACAAGUAACUAGUCGUGGAGCACUGAGUUGCUUCUUCCAUGAGAUGACAGGUUUAUUUAUGUACAACACUUGUUUGUUCAUACAAAUGUUAGGUUGGGGAACCUCAGGCCUGGAAUCUAGAAGCAACCUUCCAUGUCUUUCUCCCCAGGUCAUGGCCUACUCCAGGCAUCCCCAAACUGCGCCCCUUCAGAUGUUUUGGCCUACAACUCCCAUGAUCCCUAGCUAACAGGACCAGUGGUCAGGGAUGAUGGGAAUUGUAGUCCAAAACAUCUGGAGGGCUGAAGUUUGGGGAUGCCUGGCCUACUCCAAUAUUUUUGCCUGGCUGGAAUGUGGCUUUGAAUUGUGCAAAUCCCCUAAAUAUGAGUUUGUAAGCACCUGUGGUUAACUACCAAAGCCACAAAGAUUACAUGCCUCUGCUGCAUUUAACGUUUAUUUUCUAGUGCUUCAGCAACAAAGAGACACUGACAUACGCUGUGUUGUUUGCUUGGGGGUGUAUUUAUAGAACCAAAAUCAAUUACUGUAUUAGAAUAAGUCAUCCUUGGGGCAGGGGGUGGGGGCUUUUCUUG